CUCUGCUAGGGUUUAGCCAAGUAGAGCAGUACAGUGGAGCACCAGAAAUGCCGCUCGGGGAAAGAGCAGGCGACAAGAGCCAGUCUCGCUACUGCGGCGUGGAGACGGAGUUCAGCGAUGACGUGCCCAACCUCCUCUCCUUCCACCUCACCCACGGCCGCUUCGACUUCGCCGUCGCUCCUCUGAUGGAUCCUGCUUAUCGGCCAAGCUUAAUGCAAACGAAUGGUGAUGCAUCUAGCGUUCUGCCAUUUGCUGGGUCAGACUUGGUUUUGAGUCCUGCGCAAUGGAGCAGUCAUGUUGUGGGAAAAAUUAGCUCCUGGAUUGAUUUGGAUUCAGAAGACCAGAUCCUGCGGAGCGAUUCAGAAAUUACAUUGAAGCAGGAGAUAGCAUGGGCGUCUCAUUUGAACCUGCAGGCAUGUAUUCUCCCACCUCCAAAGGGGAAGUCCUGUGCUAACUAUGCUAGGUGUGUAAAUCAGAUUUUACAGGGACUACAAAGUAUGCAGUUGUGGCUUCGGAUUCCUUUGGCCAAGACCGAUAAUGACACAGUGUCUGUUAACUCCGAUAAUUUGGAGGAUUCUUGGGAGAUGUGGAAUUCAUUUCGUCUUCUAUGUGAACAUCACAGUCAACUAUCAAUUGUCCUCGAUGUUUUGAGUUCACUACCAUCUGCGAAUUCACUUGGGCGCUGGUUUGGUGAGUCUGUCCGAGCAGCCAUAUUCAACACCGAUUGCUUUCUAACAAAUGCACGAGGUCAUCCAUGCCUGUCAAAGCGCCACCAAAAGCUAGUUUCUGGCUUUUUUAAUCAUUCUAUACAGAUAGUCAUAUCAGGAAAAUCAGUACACAGUGCAGAUAAUUAUGAGAACAAUUUUGAUUGUGCACAGAAACACCCCUUGAGACUUUAUUUGGAUUAUGUUGGCUAUCUCUACCAAAGGAUGGAUCCUCUUCCUGAGCAAGAGCGGUUUGAGCUUGGUUACAGGGAUUUCUUGCAGGCACCUUUACAGCCACUCAUGGAUAAUCUAGAGGCUCAAACUUAUGAGACAUUUGAAAAGGAUACAACAAAAUACAUUCAGUAUGAAAGAGCAAUUGCUAAAGCGUUACAGGACAGGGUUCCAGAUGAAAAGUCUUCUACAGUUACCACUGUAUUAAUGGUUGUAGGAGCAGGACGUGGGCCUCUAGUUAGGGCAUCACUGCAGGCAGCUGAAGAAACUGGGCGCAAGCUUAAAGUCUACGCUGUGGAAAAGAAUCCAAAUGCAGUGAUCACACUUCAUAGCUUGGUUAAACUAGAGGGGUGGGAAAACAUUGUUUCCAUUAUUUCAAGCGAUAUGCGGCAUUGGGAUGCUCCUGAGAAAGCUGACAUUUUGGUAAGUGAAUUAUUGGGUUCGUUUGGUGAUAAUGAGCUCUCUCCUGAGUGUCUUGAUGGAGCACAGAAAUUUCUCAAGGAUGAUGGAAUCUCUAUACCUUCAUCGUAUACGAGUUUCAUUCAUCCAGUGACUGCCUCAAAGAUUUACAAUGAUGUUAAGAUGCAUAAAGAUGUUGCACACUUUGAAACUGCUUAUGUUGUAAAACUACACAACAUCGCUAGACUGGCCCCUCCUCAACCUGUGUUCACAUUCAUUCAUCCAAACCGAUCAAUUGACAAAAGUAAUAGCCGCUACACGAAGUUAAAGUUUGAUAUACCUGGUGAUACUGGGUCAACCAUGGUUCAUGGAUUUGCUGGCUACUUUGAUUCCACGCUGUACAAAGAUAUCCAUCUUGGCAUUGAACCAUCAACGUCAACACCAAACAUGUUUAGCUGGUUUCCCAUAUUUUUUCCAUUGAGGACACCAGUUUGUCUGAGUCCUGGCGCUUCUCUUGAAGUACAUUUUUGGCGUUGUUGUAGCCCCUCCAAGGUCUGGUACGAAUGGGGUGUGGUAUCACCUUGCAGUUCAACCAUUCACAACUGCAAUGGACGUUCUUACUGGGUUGGACUUUAAGGGAGUCUAGUUUUAGGUGUUGAUCAUCAUCAUGUUAGGAGGGGAAAGAUGGGGAAUGCUAUUCAGCUAACUGUUGUUAUUCGACAGAUGAAGACUGUAAAUCAACCCAUAGUAAAUCAACCUUGACAGAGGGAAGCCGAGCCUCUAAAUGGGGCUAUGGCUGCUUUAGGUUGAAGCCACAAUUGUGAUCAGAAUCAUCAACUUGCGUUGUUUCUGGCAAAAGGCAUUGUGCACAAUUGGGACAGAUGUUCUGAAGACUGACUCAUAUUUGUAGUGUGGCAACGGAUUGUCUACUCGAUCCCCUGUAAUAUCUAAAGCUCUCAGUACCGGAACAGAAACACGUUCAUCAGGCAACACAAAUGAAUUGAUACUA